AUGACUACAGGCUCAGAGCCCUCGGUUGGGGCGCCGAAGCGGAUUCUUUUUAUUGAUGCCUUUGAUUCGUUUACAUUCAAUAUCGUCUCACUGCUCCGUCAAAUUCUCGGCGCUGAUAUCUUCGUCAUAAGAAUCGACCUCUCAGUGGUUGAUAGAGUCAGCGACGAUGAUACACCCGCAAAAUGGACAGAGCAAGAGUUUAUCGAUAAUCUUGCUCAAUUCGACGCCGUAGUUUGCGGGCCGGGCCCUGGAUCACCGCUCAAUCCAGAAGACGUUGGGGCGUUCAAUCUUCUUUGGGAUCUCCCUGAGCAUCUUCAACUGCCAGUUUUGGGCAUUUGUCUUGGAUUUCAGAGUUUGCUUGCUGCGCAUGGCGGGUCAGUGAGAAGACUCAAGAGGGGUCUUCACGGAAUGGUGAGGGAGAUUGAGCAUCGAGGAGAAGACAUGUUCUGCGGAGUGCCUCCCUUCAAGGCUACUCUAUAUCACAGUCUCUGUGUUGAUAUUGGCCAAUACAGCGAUGACUGGACAGAAGAGAACCGGUGGAGGCUGACUUCGGAGUUUUCACCACUGGCAUGGGCAACAGAGUUUAGAGAUGAUGGGCGAAGGGAACAGAUCCUCCAAGGUGUGAGACACAACAAGAAGCCAUUCUGGGGCCUUCAGUACCACCCUGAGUCUGUUUGCACGGAGAAGAAUGCCCAGGGAGUCCUCAUCAACUGGUUCCAAGCCGCGCUGCAAUGGAACAAAUAUCAUGGACGACGAGUACAGGGACCUUUGCUAGAGAUUCAGACUCUUUCGCCACCGAAUCACCUGGAGUCUGCAGCUGCGCAUAAGGAACACCUGGGUGAUUUGUGGUUGAAUUUAAACUCCUCUGAAACUUCGCUGAGAGACUUUGCAAAGGGGUCUGAAUACACACAUCGCAAAAUCACCUUGCCUCAGGGGGCUGGCGUGCCAGAACUCGUCGAGAUGCUGGGGUUGGCAAAGGGAGAAAACAUUAUCCUUGACUCGUCGAGUUCUAAGAACGGAGAUGCGCUAGCAUUGAACAGCAUCAUAGCUCUCGAAGUUGACAAUACGCUGCGGUUUGAGUACAACGUAUGCGAUGACUAUGUUACGGCACGGCUCCCGAGUACAGACGGAAAGGAUAAAACCGAGAUGAUAAGCCUCAAAGACGGCACAGUCACCGUAUGGGAGGUUAUAUCAGACUUCUGGGAGGCGCGAAGCCAUCCUCCUGGAUCUGACCGUUCAACUUCAGCUUUCAAGGGCGGUUUCAUGGGAUUCAUCACCUAUGAGAUGGGACUACACGGCCUCGAGAAGAAGAUGGUCCCGGAAGAUCGAGGCCACAAGAGACCGGACAUUUGUCUAACCUGGGUAACGAAGAGCAUUGUUCUUGACCACAGAGCUGGCGUUGCAUUUGUUCAAAAUCUGAAGGCUCGAGGAUCAAACGAUGCAUGGCUAGAUAAGAUAAUGGAAAGAAUUCAACAGUCCGACUAUUGGAAUGCGACCAAGAUGAGAAACGGAGUCAAUGGGCAUGUCAUCGAAAACCGUGCCCAGAACAAGGAAAUCAAUAUCACAACACCACAGCCAGACAGGUAUGAAGAGCAAGUUCGUGUUUGCCAGGAUUUCAUUGCAGCGGGUGAGUCUUACGAACUUUGUCUCACAUCGCAAACGACCAUGGCAAGGCCUUGUUCAAGAAACAACGGGAGAAACCCAUGGGCCAUAUAUCAGACCCUGAGACAGCGACAGCCGGCUCCUUUUGGGUCUUUCAUCCGUCUUGGUGGCGCCACGAUGUUGAGUUGCUCUCCUGAGCGUUUCCUUCGAUACGACAGCAACGGACUAUGCUCAAUGAGGCCCAUGAAGGGAACAGUUCGCAAGUCAGAGGCUGUGUCAACUCUCGCGCAGGCUGAGAAGAUCCUUCAUGUGCCAAAGGAAGUGGCUGAGAACCUCAUGAUUGUCGAUCUGGUUCGCCAUGAUCUACAUGGUGUCUGUGGCGUUGGCCAUGUCACAGUUCCUGACCUCAUGAAGGUAGAGGAAUAUGCCACGGUCUUCCAGAUGAUCACUGUGGUCAACGGACAACUCCCAGGCCGCAACGGAAAUAAGCCUCAUGGCGCUCGCCGAAGCAGCUUUGACUCUCACUGCCCUUAUACCGGGUUGGAUGCCCUUGCCGCGGCUUUACCUCCUGGAAGCAUGACAGGGGCGCCCAAAAAGCGCAGCUGCGAGCUUCUACAGAUCAUUGAGGGCAAACAUGAGCGAAGUCUCUACUCUGGUGUUGUAGGAUAUAUGGAUGUCGCAGGUGCAGGAGACUGGAGUGUCACAAUCCGAACCAUGUUUAGAUGGGACGAUGAGACGGCUCCAGCUGAAGAGGGCGAGACAGAGCCCAGAGAAGUUUGGAGAAUUGGAGCUGGAGGUGCGGUAACAAUCCUGAGUACCCCUGAAGGUGAAAGGGAUGAGAUGUUUACCAAACUUGCCGGUCCUAUGGGUGUAUUCAGAGACGCGGCAUAA